AAACGUCAGUCCAGGCGUCGCUGGGUCCCCGUGAGCGUCUGCCGUCGCCGCCAUGUCCAGCAACUGCGUCGGGACGGCCGAUUUUCCGACCGUCAUCGACCUAAACGUCGGCGGUGUCUUCUACACCACCUCGCUGAAGACGCUGACCAGCCAGGAAGAAUCGCAACUAUUCAAUCUUUUCACGGGUAAGGAGCCGGUAGAGAGGGACGCCAAGGGGCGCUACUUCCUGGACCGCGACGGUGUUUUGUUUCGGUACGUGUUGGAUUUCUUGCGGGACGGGACCAUCGUGCUUCCAGAUUGUUUUCGGGAGAAAGAGAGGCUGAAGAGGGAGGCGGAGAAGUAUCAGCUGCACGCGUUAGUGGACGCGGUCGUCGGUGAGGGCAGAAGCAGACCCCCAGGGGUGAUUACGGUGGGGUACAGAGGCAGUUUUCAAUUCGGCAAGGAUGGGCUGGCGGACGUCAAAUUCCGGAAACUGUCACGGAUCUUGGUGAGCGGCAGGGUGGCUCUUUGCAGGGACGUAUUCGGCGAAACUCUCAACGAAAGCAGGGAUCCUGACCACGGACAAUCAGAGCGCUACACUUCUCGCUUUUUUCUCAAGCACUCGUUUUUGGAGCAGGCGUUCGACAUGCUCAUCGAACAAGGAUUUAAAAUGGUUGGCAGCUGCGGCUCGGGUACUGCAGGCGGUGCGGGCGAGCUGAAACCCGGAGUCGACACCGAGGAAAACCGCUGGAAUCAUUACAAUGAAUUUGUCUUCGUACGAGAAUAAGUCCACAGCGAGGACCUCGUACCAAAACGACCUUUUACGAUCGAAUUUUCGCGCAUACGUUGCCAAGUAAAGUAACUGUGAAAAUCCAUAGGGUUAUGAAGUUUUUGAAUCGAUUUUGUUACAUUUUAAGUGUAUACAUGAGAUCGUAGUUUCUUUAGGAGACUCGCUAUGUAAUUGUUUAAAAAAUAAUAAUAUUCAUAUCCGGUCGUCACCAUAUAGCAAAUCGACCUUGUAAAGAAA